UGUAUAGUUUACAGUUACAUGCACUGCUAACUGCCGGUGUUAAAAUCUAGGACGGUUGUAUUCUUGGUAUAGUUUAUUAGACUAUUGAUAAUAUCCAGGGUGAAUUUUAACUUUCACAGUCAAUGACUGUAGGAUUGCGAAUGGUACCAGUUUACUGUUAAAUGCAUUGUUAACUGCCUAUGUUAAAUUUAGGACGGUAAUUAUCUUAGUGUACUAGUGUAGUUACUGGAUUAUCGAUAACGGUGGAUUUGGACAGAUUUUGGUGAAGAGUGGAUUUUAGCCUUUACGAUCGACGGCUGUAGUAUUGCGAAUGGGAAGCCAGGCAACCGGAGAAAUCAGCAACCACGGUAAGAAAGCAUAAAGAGACAAUUCACCAUGGCGACUGGUCCGUUAAAAAUUGUUAUGUUCCUGGGUUCAGUCCGUGAAGGAAGGUUAGGGUUACGGGUUGCUAGAUUUAUGAAGAAACAACUCGAACAAACCAACCAUGAUGUAGUACUAUUUGAUCCAAAGGAGAUGAAAUUUCCGUUGAUAGAAAAUCCUCUAUUUUACUACAAAGAUCGAAGUGUUUUACCUGAAUGGAUGUUGACGGCGGAAAAACAAGUCAAAGAUGCCGAUGCUUUCGUCAUCGUUUCAGCUGAAUACAACCAUAGUAUACCUCCCGCCCUAUCCAAUAUGAUGGAUUAUUUUGGUGCCAGCGCCUAUAGUUAUAAACCGAGUGGUAUAGUCUGUUAUUCUGCAGGUAUCUAUGGUGGAAUGAGGGUUGCUAUGCAAUUACGAGCUUUUCUAGGCGAACUUGGUUGCCUCAGUGUAUCAAAUAUAUUUGGAAUACCAGAAGCUCAGAAAGCUUUCGAUGAAAACGGAAUCCCACAGAAUAGCCACAUGGAAUCUGGGGCCAAGAAAUUGAUUACACAGUUAGACUGGCAUGCACAUGCUAUGAGAAACCAUCGUAAUACCGCUGGUCUACCCUAAUCUUCCUCCUCCGCCAUGAUAAAUCACAUUGUGUUUAUUUAUAAUACAUGUCACAAAGUUUCUCAUUUUAAUUUGGAUCUGGU